ACUACUUGUGACUACGAUGUGCCGGAAAGGAGAGCAGAAGAAGAGAGAAAGCUACUUGCUAAUGUAGCUAACAAAUACGGAAGCAACACAGUGUGGGAGCAGCUGUCUGCAAAACAAACAUACUUGUUGAGAAAGGUAACCAAACACUUCUGGUUAUCACUGGGUCGUUGCUUGUCUUUAUUCAGUGACUCUAAGCGUUUUGUAUUUAAUUUAGUGUUAUAAACAUUGGUGCAGUAAAGCGGAAACUCGCUCGUUAGCCUCACUAGCUGACCUUACAUGAUCAACAAAGAGACAGUCGUGUGUCUUCAGUUGGAGUUCAUUUUUAAGCCAUAAUUUUACAUCGUGGCUGUCUAUGUUAUUUGAUGUACGUCAACUCAUAAAGUAUUUAUGCUAAGUCGCAGAAACCGCAUAAAAGGCAUGUAAGCAUAGUAGUGACUGUCAAUGCUUGCUAGUUUACGUUAGCCAUGUUGCAGCGGACUACUCAGCCGUAAUAAAACCACAUUUUUGAUAUUACUCACAUGAAAACUUUACCCUAUCAGAUAAUAAAUAGCUAAUUAUUAUUUUACUUUCAAAAUAUAAUCAGUGUAUAUAUACAACCAUAAUUUUCUGUAUAUUGUCUCCACCCUUACAGACAAAGGAGUAACAAUGAACAUCUAAGCAAUUUCUUAAAAUAUGCCGAUAAUUUAAAGUAGGGCUGGGCGAUAAAACGAUAACAAUAUAUAACGAAAAUUAAUUUCCCUCAAUAUCAAUAUGAAACAUGGUCAGUAUGCUUUGUGUAGGUCUGGGUGAGAUGGGAAAAAGUUUAUCCAAUAUAUUUUUGUUAUAUUAUUUGAUAUCGAUUUAUCAUGAUAUAAAAAAUGAAAUUUAACGGCAUGUCUACUGGUAGAUAUGCUACCUAUAAGCACUGUUAAAUUUCACUUAAGAGUAAAGGUCCUUACACACUGGGAACGACGCAAAAUUACGAAAUAUUCUGAGGCGAAUUUGAUGUACCUGACCAUACACAUCAAGUGUGAUGCGAUUUUGCAACAUUCCAGGGGGGAAAAAUAUGCGUCCCGAGUGGAAGCGAAAAGACUGACACAACAGCAGACUGACUGUUCUUCAGUUCUGAUUAGACACUAGUGUUGAGAUGACUGUCUGUCAUGAUAGCAUGUACUGAGUCGGGGCCAGUACCAGAUAAGCACAUUUAACUAUAAUCCAUAAACGUAAGGUAACAACCGAGACCUAAUGGUGCUGUGACAGCAACACGAUUGAGUUUGAGACAGUGAAAAUACAUAUGGUAUGAUGUAUCUGAACAGGUUAGCUUACGAGCUACAGUUACUUAGCACAGAUGAAAGUUAAAACAAAGACAUUUAGCAAACUGUUAAAGCACACAAACCAUCGUCAUAUGAGAGAUCCGACGCUAUCAUCAAAUCAAAUCAAACUUUAUUUAUAUAGCACCUUUCAUGCAAGCUGCAACACAAGGUGCUAUGCUAGCUAUGACUCUCUACAAGUUGUCCUUCAGGUCGUUAUCUUUGUAUAUUUGUGUUUUUUAUCAAAAAGCACUCUGUUCUCCAACACGCAAACAAUCAGCCGGUCGGCCAUGUUGGAUAUACCGGUGAGUCUGAUGUUGCAACAACAGGAAAUCUGAUUGGUCAGAAGUGGACACACAGUAUGCGAAACUUGAGAAAAUUCAACCGUGAUCUGAAAAAAUAAAUGCCGCAAUAUCGCAGGAUGGGAAAACGUCGCUGAUGUGAACGCUUGUAUUGACAGGAUAUGGGUUCGAAAAAAAUAUUGACGUCCAAAACAAUUGCAGGGAAAAAUGCUCCUGGUAUGUAAGGAUCAUCUAAGAUUGACAAGUGAUUUUUUUUUUCAUGAUCGAUACCGACUGAUAUGAAAAAAAUAUAUACUGUGAUAAACUUUUUUUCCAUAUUUCCCAGCCCUAAUUUAAAGUUAUACAACUCAGCUACAGUUGUGACAGUUGUUUGGCAUUUAUUACUCUGUGCUCUCAAGCUUUCAGACUUGGACCUAGGUCCUAGGUUUGGGAUUGGAACUAGGACUUGGAUAAGGACCACCUCCACAGUUUUUCGGAUAAGCAGGAAGCCAUCUGCGAGUCAGUAGGUUCCCAUAAAUUCGGUAUCAUCCGUGCCAGUCACUCUGUCAACCACCAUGUCAGACGGCCGAAUCUACGUGGGGAAUCUUCCCAUGGAUAUCCAGGAGAGGGACAUUGAGGAUCUCUUCUACAAAUAUGGAAAAAUCCGUGAUAUUGAGUUGAAGAACAAUAGAGGCACUAUCCCCUUUGCCUUUGUCCGCUUUGAAGACCCACGGUGAGUUUUACAGAUGGCAAGUUGAAACAGAUUCCCCAUGUCGGAAAACCUAAAGCUGGCAGCAGGGGAUGGAUGGAGACGACCGUCCCAGGUCUAUGUCCGCUUCUGAGAGAGGCGUGCAUUGGUAAGGAGUUCUGUGCUCUCUUCUCUUAGGGAUGCAGAUGACGCUGUCUAUGGAAGGAAUGGAUAUGGAUAUGGAGACUCCAAGCUGCGAGUAGAAUACCCUCGAUCCUCUGGUGCUAAAUUUGGUUCUAUGGGAGGUGGUGGUGGUGGUGGUGGAGGAGGAGGAGGACCCAGGGGAAGGUUUGGACCACCAACCCGGAGAUCUGAAUUCCGGGUCUUAGUGACUGGUAGGUCAACGUCAUGAUUCGUAGCAAGUUAAAACUGUUCUCUUUCUAAAGCCAUCCUGGAGGUCAAGAGGAUAAGUAGGAUGGUGGAUGUAGAAGUCCCAGGCAGAUAUGUUUUUCUCUCUGAUGGCAGAUUUGGACUAGUGCUGGACAUCAUGGUCAGCUGGCAAAUUAAAUCUCUCUAUCAUGGCUGAUCUAAGGAACGUGGAACUAUUAAAAGAACCUGUAUGUUUCUCUCCCUAUCUCAUGGUGGACUGGAAAACGAGGAAAAGUAGAAAACCGUGACAGAUUUGUUACUCAUACUGGACUUGGAGACAAGAGGACUAGUUGAGGACAUAAUAGUAGUAGGCAGUUAUCAAUUUUCUCUCAUGGCGGACUGGAGGACAAGUAGGUGGACUAAAAGAUUGCCAUCUUAGUGGAAGGCAGAUAUGUUUCACAUGGCAAACUGAAGGUCAGAGGGGGUUGUAAUGGAUGUCAUGGGUCACAGAAAGACGAAUUUCUCACCCAAACCAGACUGGAGGACAGAGUGCUAGUAAAGAAAGUCAGGAGUUGUAGACAGAUCUCUCUCUCGUUACACGGCUGCCACAAGGAGAAGAGGACUAGAGGAUGAUGGCAAAAGUCGUAGGAAAAAUUCUCUUGCUUUCAUGGCGGACUAUUCAAUGGGACUAGUUAAAUCAUGGCGGACAAUUCAAUGGGACAAGUUGAGGAUGUCAAGGGUCAUAGGCAGGUACAUUUCACUAACGGCUAACGGGAGGAUGUGUGGAGAAAUAGAAGACCACAUGUUGAACAUGUUUACUCUUCUGAAGGUGGACUGGAGGACAAGGGACUAGUGGAGGAUGUUUGAAUUGUUAACUGCAAGGCGGACUGGACGUCAAGGGGACUAGAAAAGUACACCACGGGUCAAUGGCUAAUAAAAUUCUAAAAGUGGAAUGGAGGACUUGUAGAGGAAGUCACAUUUCAUGUGCAAAUAACCCUCCUUCAGUUGAGGCUCAUGAGUGGACAAGAGCGCGAGUAGGUGUCAAGAGUCAUAGGCAGUUACGUUUCUCUCACGUAUGUCAAAGCGGCGGACAAGAGGACCUGCAAAGUACGCCUUGAGUCGUAGGUAGAUGUAUCCCCCCAGUUCCAGAGUGGCUAGAAGAGGCAGCCAUGAAUCAUAGGCAAAUCCAAUUCUCUUUCUCAAGGUGGACUGGACUUCAGUGUACUCAUGCACAUACCAGGAAUUCAACUCCGGUUUUUCAUUACACUGAUUGUGUCUUAAUGUGAGGACACCAGAGAGGACAUAGGUUUCUCAAGUGUUAAAACACACAUGACCUUUGGAUCUGCAGAUUGGAUCUCGAAUGCUUUACCAACCUAGCCACAGUGGAGAGAGUAGAAAAGUAGAUAUUUAUUUCUCUGUCAAGCCAAAGUGGAGAAAAGAGAACCUGAAAGACAUGAAAACUGUCCUAGGCAGAUAUAGAUAUACAGUGUUUCUCUCUCAUGGCAGAGUGGAUGACAAGAGGACUAGGAGGAGACCGCAUAACUCAAAGGCAGAUAUAUAUCACAGUGAACUGGAGGACAAGGGGAUGUAUGCAAAUAUGUUUUAUCUGUCGUGACUGAGUGAAGGACAAGGAGACUAAAUGGAUGAGGUCAAGUCAGCUCCGUAAUCAGGACAAUUAACAAAGCAAAACAGUAAACCCAAACAGAUCUUGUUGGCUACAUAACCCCAUACAUCAAGUCUUUACAACGGGUAGGUGAAAUGUCAUUGUCGCCUGUCAUUCUUUUUGUGUCCUGUGCUAUGUUUUUCUCACACAAGCAUGUUUGUACAAGCGUAUCUAAGGCCAUCUCUUAGCUAAAGUAUAAGUUCCAUGUAGCUGCCCGACUCGACCUGCUUCUCAAGCAUAACAAUGACUAACUUUAACUGUCGGAAAAAGGGUCAAAGAUUAGAGAUGUGAGCAAACUACAUGUCUCAAAGGUCAACGCCAGAAGAAACAGACAAUUACCUGGCGGGUAAUUUUCACAGGGGGUUAAAACAAAGAAAGACAGGAACAGAUCAAAUUUAAUGUGCAUGACCAAAAUAGUAUUGCAAGUCAAUAUAGUGCAUGGUUGUAUUGCAUUGAAUUUCCCUUCAGAGAUAAAUAAAGUUAUUCUUAUUUCGGCAAAGCUAUGCUCAUUUUGUCUUAAAAUUCAGAAUAACUUUUUCAAUUUCAGACCAUGCAGAGUUUAAACUUCAUAAAAUGCCUUAAUAAUACUAUUCAUUAAGAGUUGUUGUCCCUUUCAGCAAACGAUAACCUGCUCCUGCAGUGGUUGUCGUGAGUAGGUUUUGAAUCCAUUAUUUUUUUGCAGGUUUACCACCGACCGGGAGUUGGCAGGAUCUGAAAGAUCAUAUGCGUGAGGCAGGAGACGUGUGUUUUGCAGAUGUGCUAAGAGACGGAGAGGGCGUCGUGGAGUUCCUUCGCAGGGAGGACAUGGACUACGCAUUACGCAGACUGGACCGGACAGAGUUUCACUCGCAUCAAGUGAGAUCCAGUUAAACCAAGAACUACUCAUCACUUUCCGUAUUUUUCGCACUUUAAGGGGCACCUGAUUAUAAGACGCACCUUCAAUGAACACAUCUGUUCGCAUCUAUUUUCAUACAUAAGGCGCACCGAAUUAUAAAGCGCAUUAAGCCAAUCAAAACAGUCCGAUAAAAUCCUUUUGGCAGUGCUCCAACAAGCCAAAAGGAUUUUAAGUGCGCCUUAUAGUGCGAAAAAUACGGUACUUUGAGAAUGCCUUGAGGAAUACAUGCCUAACUUUUUUUCCUUUUGCAGGGUGAGACUGCGUACAUCCGCGUUUUCGAGGAGAGGGGCAACCCCAGCUGGGGCCGGUCACGAUCCCGCUCCAGAUCAAGAGGCCGCUACUCGCCUCCUUACAGAGGCUCUCCCCCUCCCCGCUACCAGUCACCACCACGGCAUGCUAUGUCACGUCAUAGCCCACCACCCAGGAGGCACCCUCCACAGCACCACAGCCCUCCACCCCGUCAUUAUCGGUAGGAAAGUCAGCCUGCUGAAGAGGAAACAAAAAAAAAACAGUGUAAUUCAGCUUUUCAUUUUGUUUUUAAUCCCAGGCUGCCUCAUGCAUAGAUGAUUGUGUUUUCCUCUGCAUACAUUCCAUGGUCAGGAUCACCUGAACACUCUGCUCCUCUUCAGAGCCUUAAAUGUUUGUUUUUGCUCUUAAAACACCCAUAAGUCUCAGUGCGGUUUCAUUUUUUGGUAUUCUUAGUGAAGUCAAUGUGUUGUGUCACUGUGGAACACAUCGGAAGUUUGUUUCACAUUAAAACGUGGGAUUUGAUGUUAAACAUUGUCAGGAACUGAUAAUUAUGUGGGAUCUUCAAAAACCAAUGACUUCUUUGCAGUGAUCAGGUAGAAGGCUUGCAUCUUUAAUUUUGAGUCAUGUCUCUCUGUGUGCGUCACAUUUCUGUCGCUUGAAGUAUGAAGAUUUUGCCAAUCUAAAAGCCUGUGAAGUUUCUCAAUUUUACCCUGUGAUUCAAUGUGUAGAAUUACCCAGCCAUGUAGAGUAGUGACACUUUGACUGUGAGCCACACCUGCCAGAUAAUUUUUGUCAUUGUGUGACAACGUAAAGGUGGCCUGUCGGUUGAUUAUAAUUUGUGUGCAUUUCUAAUGUUUUUUUAUUUCUCAAUAAAAUACAAAAUUUUAUGUGUUUUCCCUUUUUGUACACAUCACGAUCACAACCAGAUUCACUGAUGGUAAUCAUUGGAGUGGGUCCUUCAGAAGUUAAAACACUGAACUGAAGCUGCAUGUGCCACACUACACUGCUUGGCACAUCUAAAUCCAUUUUACAAAACUUGAGCUGUCAACUAUUAUAAUGUUUAAUCAACAUCAGGAUCUGUCAUCGAACUCUGGCAAAUUAUUACUCAUAAAGUACACGGUGAAAGUACUUCAUUAUGUUUGUG